AUGCGGUCCCGCGAGGACAGCGAGGAGAUCUCGCUGAAGCACAGCGGCUACGCCUACGUCUACACGCGGGAAGGGUCGCUCGUCGCCGGCGGCAAGUGGGUGCGCGUCGCCGCGGACCUGGAGAACCUGACGCUGCGCCUCGACAACACGCACAUGACGGAGACGAACCGCGACAAGUACUGCAAGGAGAUGACGAUCACCGCGGGCACGACGGUGCUGCGCGCGCCGCAGCCCGGCCGGCCGCACUGCCUCGCGCUCAGCGACUUCAACGCGGCGUCGGGCAAGCGGCGCGUGCUCGACUGCCUCACGCAGGAGGGCGUCACGGCCUGGUUCGACCUGCUCACCCGCGUCGCGAACACGGACCUGGACACGCUCCUGGAACCGCUCCGCGAGGCGCGCGAGAAGCGGCGCGACGGCGGCGACUUGGAGGACGCGCUGCGGUCGGCGCCGGCGAAGGUCGAGGUGGCGCUGCUGGCCCUGCGGCGCGGGCGCCUGCCCGCGGACUACGUCGCGCGCGACGCCGCGGGCAGGGGCGUGACGGCGCUGCUCGCGGCCGCGCGGAGCGGCCGCGCGGACGUCAUCGGCGCGCUCGUGGGCCUCGGCGCCGCGGCGAACGGGCCCGAGCUCGGCGACUCGGAGAAGGCCUUCGAGACGCCCCUGCUCGGGGCCGUGCGCGCGGACGCGCUCGACGCCGCGCGGGCUUUGCUGGCGUCCGGCGCGGACCCGACCUUGGCCGACGGCUUCGGCGCGCGGGAGACGCCCCUGCUCUGCUGCGCGCGCCGCGGGUCCGCGGAGAUCGCCCGGGCGCUCCUGCGGUCCCUGGCGAAGCUCGCGGCGGGCGAGGCCGACGGCGACGCGCGGAGCGCGCUGCUCGCGCACCCGGACCGGCGCUUCGGCCUCCACCCGGAGACGGCUCUGGAGGCCGCGGCCGUCGCGGGCCACGGCGCCGUCGUCAUGGCCCUCGCCGGCGGCGCCUUCGCCAAGGCCGAGGACGGCACGCGGUGCACGUGCCGCGCGACGGCGACGGCGUCGGACCCGCUCACCAAAAAGACGCCGCUCCACCUCGCCGCGGAGCGGGGCCGCGCGGCCGUCGUCGCGCCCCUCGCCGCCGCGGGCGCCGUCGUCGACGCGGCGGACGGCGACGGCGUGCCGCCCCUGGUCUACGCGGUGCGCGCGGGCCACGUCGCGUGCGUCGCCGCCUUGCUGCAGCGCGACGCGGUCGCGGACGUCGGCGCGGCCGCGGCCGGCGAGGCCGACGCGUCCGCGCGCGCGCGCCAGCUCGUCGCGGCGACGCGGGACCUCCGCGCGAGCCUCGGGUCCGCGGCCUUCGACGCGUCGUCGGCCGCGGACGUCGCGCGGAGCGUCCGGAGCGUCAUCCGCGACGGCGAGCUGCCGCGGAACGCGGGCACGGCGCUCGCCAACUUCCCCGCCGACGUCUGCGCCGCGGCGCCCGACGACCGCUUCACGGCGCUGCUGCGCUGCUGCGCCAACGGCGACGGCCAGGGCGCCGAGCUCUGGCUCACGCUCGGCGCGGACGCGAACCACGCGGACCACGGACCGGAGAAGCGGACGCCGCUGAUGGCCUGCGCCGCGCGGGGCGACACGCACCUCGCGAAGAUGCUGCUGGCCACGGGCCGCUGCGCCGUGGACGCGCGCGACGCGCUCGGGUGCUCCGCGCUCUGCCGCGCGGCCGAGGCCGCGGCGCGGAGCCGCGCGGUGCCCGUGACGGCCGCGUCCGCGCGCGACGUCUGCGCGCUGCUCCUGGCCCACGGCGCGGACCCGCUGGCCAUGGACGCCAAGGGCCGGAGCCCGCUCUCCGUCGCCGCCGCGGACGCGCGCGACGCGCGGCUCGUGUCCGCGCUUCUGGCGGCGCCCGAGGCCGGCGGCGCGCCCGACGGGGGCCGGAAGCGGCCCGACGUCGACGCGCCCCACGGCCCGCGCCUCGCGACGGCCCUCAUGCUCGCGGCGGCGCUCCCCGAGGCGUCGAGCGUCCUGCGGACGCUCCUCGGCGCGCCCGAGCUCGCCGCGGACGCGGGCCUCAAGCGCGCGGGCCUCAAGCGCCGGUCGGGGUCGCGCGCGUCGCUCCAGAAGCGCGACGCCCGGGGACGGACGGCCCUCUUCUACGCCGCCGAGGCGGACCGGCCCGAGAACGUCGAGCUGCUGCUGGGCCUCGGCCGGCGGUCGUCCGCGGGCUCGGACGCGGGCGCCGGCGGCGACGCGCUCGCGGAGAUGCUCGACGUCGACGCCACGGACGACUCGGGCCACACGGCCCUGCGCGUGGCGACGGCGGCCCACGCCAAGGGCGCCGUCGGGGCGCUCCUGCGCUUCGGCGCGUCCGCGUCGCGGCCGCGCGACGGCCCGCUCGCGAGCACGCCGUCGGGCGCGGAGCGCCCGAAGCGGCCGCUGUCCAUCGCCCUCGAGGCCGGCGACGCCCAGAUCGCCCACACGCUGGGCCGCUUCCGCGCGUCCGUGCUCUGCGGCGACGAGCCGGCGACGCUGCGCUACGUCGACCGGGGCAACUACGUCGUCGACGAGCCGGCGGGCCUCCGCGACGGCGCGGUGACCGCGCUGCUCGUCGCCUGCCGCCUGGGCCACGGGCCCGCGGCGAAGCGGCUGCUGGACGCGGGCGCGGACCCGAACAGGGCCGACGCCGCGGGCGAGACGCCGCUCCUCGCCGCGGCGCGGUCGGGCGCGCUGCUCGACGGCUGCCCGCGGCCGCCCGGGUCGCCGCGCGCGGCGGGCGACGAAAGCGGCGACGACCCGGGCGAGCGCUGCCUCGCCCGGGCGCUCCUCGACGCCGGCGCCGACGCGCGGGCCGCCGACGACGCGCGCGCGGAGACGCCGCUCCACGUCGUCUGCGGCGGCGGCGGCGCCGCGGGCGCGGCGAAAUUCGUCGGCGGCGGCCGGACGCGCGGCGAGGCCGCGGCGCUCCUGCUCGCCCGCGGCGCGGACCCGGAGCGGCCGGACUGCGGCGGCCGCACGCCCCUGCUCCUCGCGGCGGGCGCGUGGCCGCCCGCGGACGCCGCGGACUACCUCGAGAAAACCCCGGGGAGCGACGGCGAGCUCGACGUCGUCGACGACGUCCAAUCGGCGCGGCCCGGCGGCCGCUGCGACGCCGCCGAGGUGCUCAAGGCCAUUUUAUUGCACCACGGGCGGAGCCCCGUGGACCUGAACCGGCGGUGCCGCGUCGCCGCGAAUGUGCGGACCGGCGCGGCCGCGCACGAGCUCACGGCCCUGGGCGCGGCCGCGGCGGCGGGCCGCCGCGACGCCGUGCUCGCGCUCCUGCGCGUCGGCGCGGACCCGGACGUCGCGGGCGACGGCCGGGGCCGCGCGCCGCUCGCGAUCGCCGCGGCGGUAGGCUCCGCGUCGGUCGUCGCGGCGCUCGCGCGCGCGCCCUGCGCCGUGGACCGCGUUUCGCCGGAGGACGGCGGCGCCACGGCGCUCCACGAGGCCGCGCGGGCCGCGCGCGUCGCCGCCGUCGCCGCGCUGCUCCGCUGCGGCGCGGUCGCGGCGGCGCCCGACGCCGCGGGCCGCGCGCCCGUCGACGUCUGCGGCGAGGGCGCGGGCGGCGACGGCGGCGACGGCGACGCGCGGCCGCCGGGCGAGCGGCGCCGCGCCGUCGAGGUGCGCCUGCGCGCCAUGCGCGCGGCCGUCGACGGCGGCGACUACGCGCGCGUCGCCGAGCUCGCGGCGCGCGGCAACUUCCGCCUCGACGCGGGCGACGGCGCCGCGGCGCUUGAGGCGGCGGCCCGCGACGGCGACAGCGCCGGCGUCGACCUGGUCGUCGACGAGGCCGCGCGAACCGGGAGCCGCGUGCUCGGGCCCAUCGGGUCCGCGGCGCUCCUGCGCCGGGGCUGCGUGCCGUCGCCCGACGGCGCCGGCGCCGCCGCGCUCCUCGCCCUGGCCGUCGACGUCGGCGACGACGACCUGCUCGCGCUCGUUCUCGCGCGCGGCGGCGACGCGGCGAAGCCGUCGUCGGGCCUGUUGGACGCGGCGGAGCGGCCCAAGGGAUUGGCGCCGGGCGACGCGCGGGACCACUACGGCGCGGCGCUCUGGGCCGCGACGGGCGGCGACCGGCGGGGCCGCGGCGGCGGCCACCUCGAGGCGCCGCCGCUCCUGUCCGCGCUCGCGCGCGCGGCCGCCGCGGCCGCGCCGCGCGGCGCGCGGGCGCUCCGCGUGUUGCUCGACGGGCCCGAGGGCGACGACGGCGCGGCGGCGGACGCCGUGCGGCGCGCGGUCCACGCGCCGGCGCCCGCGGGCGGCGCGCCGGCCCCGCUCGCGUCGCCGCUCCACGCCGCGGCGGCCGCGGACCGCGUCGAGGCGCUCGCGCUGCUGCUGCGCUUCGCCCAGGGCGACCAGUCGCUCGGGGCGCUGGCGAGGGACCCGCACCACCGCACGCCGUUGCACGUCGCCGCGAGCCACCGGGCCUACGACGCGGCCGCGGCCGCGGUCCUCGUCGCGCUCCACGCGGGCGACGACGGCGCGCGGGGCCGGCUUUUAGCGGCGGCGGACGCGGCGGGCGCGGCGCCGCUGCACCGCGCGGCGCGCGCCGACGACGGGGCCGUGGCGUCGCUGCUGCUCGGCGCGGGCGCCGACAGCGGCGCGAGGGAUUUGGGCGCGCGGACGCCGCGCGAUUCCGCGCGCGGCCGGGGCCGCGCGGCGCGGCGCCUCGACGCGAUGCGCGCGGCCAUCGGCGACGGCGACUUCGACCGCGCUUUGAGACUCGUGGCGCGGGGCUGCUUCGCCAUCGACGCCGCGGGGCCCGGCGGCGAGACCGUGCUCGCGCGCGCCGCGGCCGCGGGCCGCGACGACGUCUUGGAGGCCGCGCUCGCGCUCGCGGCGACGUCGCCGGCCGCGGGGCCCGCGCCGGCGCACCUCCACGGCGCGCUGGCCGCCGCCGCCGCGAAAUGCCAGCCGCGGGCGGCGGAGGUCGUGCUGCGGUCCGACGCGACCGCGCGGCCGCGGCCCGAGGACAGCGCGCCGCUGCUCCGCGUCGCCGUCGCCGUCGCGCGGCGCCGCCACGCGCUCGCGGAGCUCCUGCUCCUCCGGGGCGUCGAGCCGUUGGGCCCCUGCGACGGCGCCCUCUUCGACGGCGCGGACGUGCUCCCCCGGGGCGACGCGGCGCCGGUGCAAUCGCCGGACGCGCCGCCGCCGCCGCCGCCGCAAAGGGCGACGACGCCGUUCUUCGUCGCCGUCGAGACGGGCGAUUUGGACGCGGUGCGCAUCUUCCUGGACCAGCGCGUCGCCGUCUUCGACGUCGACGCGCCGCGGCCCGACGGCUCCACGGCGCUCAUGGCCGCGCUGGCCCGGGGCCACGUCGCCGUCGCGCACGCGCUCCUCGCGGCCGGCGCGGACGCGACGGCCGCGGACUCGUUGGGCCGGUCGGCGCUGGAGCGCGCCUGCUUCGACCACGCGUCGGCCAAGGCCGAGCUGCGCACCGUGGCCGUCGCCCUCGACGCGGCCAGGGCCCUGGCGGCGGGCGGCGACGGCGCGGCGCCCGCGCGGCGGACGAACGCGGCCUUACUCGACCGCGCGCUCGCGCUCGCCGUCGCCCAGCGCGACGCGGGCGCCGUCGCCGCGCUCCUCGACGCCGGCGCGGACGCGCUCGCGCCCAUCGACGGCGGGCCCGCGACGCCCCUCCUCCGCGCGUGCGGCGCGCCGGACCUCGCGACGCUCGCGGCGCUCGUCGCGGGCCGGCCGCGGGACGUCGACGCGCGCCACGGCGCCAACGGGACGACGUGCCUCCAGGUGCUGGCGGCCUCCGGCGACGCCGACGCGUGCCGCUGCCUCCUGGGCGCGGGCGCGGACCCCGCGCGCGCGGACGCGGCGGGCCGGGGGCCCCUCUGGCACGCCGCGCACCGCGGCCACGGCAACGCGUGCCACGCGCUCGCGGCCCUGGCGCCCCGGGACCGGGCCGCGCGGGCGGCGGUGCUCGACGCGCCGGACCGCGACGGCCUGACGCCGCUCCACGCGGCCGCGCGCGUCGGCGCGCGCGCGGCCGUCGCCGCGCUCCUCGCCGCCGGCGCGGACGCGACGGCGCGCGACCGCCGCGGCCUCACGCCGCGCCAGCUCGCGCUCGUCCACGGCCACGCGGCGGCGGCGACGCAGCUCGCGGCCAUGUCGCACGCGGUCAUGGACGGCGACUUCGCGGAGUGCAUCCGCCUCCACCGCAACGGCAACUGGCCCCUCGACUGGACCGUCGGCAACGACGACCUCGACGACGGCGGGGGCCUGGCGUCGUCGACGCGGACGGAGGUCAUCGGCGAGCUCGAGCCCGUGGAGGACGUCGAGGAAUUGACCUAG